AUGGUAAGACGGUCAAAUCUACAUUACACUACAGUAGAUCCAGGGAGCGUAGUUCCUCAGCCUGACAGGCAAUACUGUACACGUUGUCGUUCGUGUCAUGAAUACCCAGCAUACCUAUCUGCACAUCCCCGCGUAUACUAA